GGCGGCAGCGCGCGGGCACCGGGCCGGACCGAGCGGCGGCACCGAGCGGAGCCCCGCAGGCAGCGCAAUGGAGGAGAGCGCGGAGUGGGGAACGCUCAGCCCCGAGGAGUUCGCCCAGCUCCAGAAGUACCUGGAUUACAGCAGCAGGAAGGUGCAGGAUGUGCUGCAGGAGUUCUAUGGUGACGGGGUGCUGUCCCAGCACCUUCAGGGAGAGUGCGUGGACUUCGAGGGCUUCAAGCUGUUCCUGAGGAGCUACCUGGAGGCAGAUGAUGUCCCAGACACGCUGUGCCGUCACCUCUUCAGGUCCUUCCAGAGCACGGGGCAGCCGGGCGCCGAUGCUGACCUUGUCUGCGUUAAUGAUGUCUCCUGCUACUUCUCACUGCUGGAGGGCGGGCGCCCCGAGGACAAGCUGGAGUUCACAUUUAAGCUGUACGACAAGGAUGGGAACGGGCUCCUGGACAGCUCGGAGGUGGAGCGGAUCAUCACCCAGAUGAUGCGGGUGGCCCAAUACCUGGACUGGGACGUCACAGAGCUGAAGCCAAUCCUGCAGGAGAUGAUGCGGGAGAUUGACUAUGACGGCAGUGGUGCGGUGUCGUUGGCGGAGUGGCUGCGCGGCGGUGUAACCAACAUCCCCCUGCUGGUGCUGCUGGGCCUGGAGGUGCACAUGAAGGAUGAUGGGCAGCACAUGUGGCGCCUGAAGCACUUCAACCGUCCUGCCUACUGCAAUGUGUGCGAGACGCUGCUGGUCGGGCUGCGCAAACAGGGGCUGUGCUGCACCUUCUGCAAGUUCACGGUUCACGAGCGCUGCGCCCGCAAGGCCCCCCCCAGCUGCAUCAGCACCUACGCCAAGUCCCGCAAGGAGGCCGGUGUCCAAGUCCACGUCUGGGUGAAAGGUGGCUGCGAGGCCAGCAAGUGUGGCAAAUGCCAGAAGAAAAUCAAGAGCUUCCAGAGCCUGACGGGGCUGCACUGCGUCUGGUGUCACCUCAAGAUCCACGAGGAUUGCAAGCCUGCUGUGCCCCCCACUUGUGACUGUGGGCUGCUGAGGGAUCACAUCCUGCCCCCCUCCGCCAUCUAUCCUGUGGUGCUGGAGCGGCAGAACAGCCAAAAGGAUGAGAGUGGGACGCCGGGUGAGGACGGACCACAGGUCUUCACCACUCCUGAAGGACAGGCGCUGCGGGUCAGCCCUGUGCCCGACACCCACCCACUCCUCGUCUUCGUCAACCCCAAGAGCGGAGGGAAGCAGGGAAAGAGAGUGCUCCGGAAGUUCCAGUACCUGCUGAACCCCCGGCAGGUCUACAACCUGCAGCAAGGAGGACCCAACCCAGGGCUCAAUUUCUUUCGGGACGUGCCAGAUUUCCGCAUCCUGGUGUGCGGCGGGGACGGCACCGUGGGAUGGAUCCUGGAUGCCAUUGACAAAGCCAACCUUCCCCGACGACCCCCUGUGGCCGUUCUGCCCCUGGGCACCGGCAACGACCUGGCGCGGUGCCUGCGCUGGGGUGGAGGCUACGAUGGGGAGAACCUGGUGAAGAUCCUGAAGGACAUCGAGGGCAGCAGCGUGGUGCAGAUGGACCGCUGGCACCUGCGGGUGCUGCCCACCUGCCCCACCGAGGCUGGUGACCCCGUGCCCUACGAGAUCGUCAACAACUACUUCUCCAUUGGGGUGGAUGCCUCCAUCGCGCACCGCUUCCACGUCAUGCGGGAGAAAUACCCUGAGAAGUUCAACAGCAGGAUGAAGAACAAACUCUGGUACCUGGAGUUUGCCACCUCCGAGACGCUCUUUGCCACCUGCAAGAAGCUCAAGGAGUGCCUGAGCAUCGAGUGCUGCGGGACCCCCCUGGAGCUGCGGGGUGCGCUGGCGGGGGUUGCCGUGCUCAACAUCCCCAGCAUGCACGGAGGCUCCAACCUGUGGGGUGAGACCAAGCGCCCCCUGGGGGAGGCGAGGCGGCCGCCCGGUGCCGCGCAGCCCCCGGCCAUCACCGACGCCGAAACGCUCAAGACCUGCGUGCAGGACCUGAGCGACCAGAGGUUGGAAGUUGUGGGGCUGGAGGGAGUGCUGGAAAUGGGGCAGAUCUACACCGGGCUGAAGAGCGCAGGAACGCGGCUGGCCAAGUGCUCCGAGAUCACCCUGCGGACGCUGAAAGCCCUCCCCAUGCAGAUUGAUGGAGAGCCCUGGAUGCAGCCACCCUGCACUAUCAAGAUCACCCACAAGAACCAGGCACCCAUGCUGAUGGCCCCCCCACCCCGCUCCUCCAGCUUCUUCAGCCUCAAGAAGGGCUCUAUGGAGGGCUAAAGGGGACCGGACCCUCCCCACCCCCC